UCGCCCGGGGGGGCGGGGCCUGGAGAGGUAGUAAUGACUCUUCCCUCCCCCGGGAGAGCCGGCGAGCAUUAAUAAAUCUCUAAGCCGAGGAGGAAACUCUGGCUGGGGCAGUGCGCGCAGCUCCGGCGGGGUGUUGCGUGGAACGGCGGCGCCCGAGCGUCGGUGGCGGCAGGAGCAACCCAGCUAGCAAAACACACUAAAGGCAACAAACCGAGGGGAGCCCUCUCUCCCGUAAACACACUCCCCUCCUCGGCCACUUUCCCCGGGGGCCGCGCGCCUGCCUGCUUUGGAGCCGGAGAAGGCUCGGACUGCUAUGUAACGUCGAGGCUGCGGGAGGAGAGGAAGGAAGGGGUGUGGGGAGAAGAAGAGGCUGGGGCCAAGUUUGUGGCCACUUCGACAGGCGCCCUCUUAGCCCUCGCCCGCUCCUUCUUGUAGCCUGGUUGGCCUGGGUGCCCUUGGCCUGCCUUCUCCAGCUCCCCAGCUGCUGCGGUUCCCGGCGACAUGGUGACGAUGGAGGAACUGCGGGAGAUGGACUGCAGCGUGCUCAAAAGGCUCAUGAACCGAGAUGAGAACGGCGGCGGCGGCGGCGCGGGCGGCAGCGGCAGCCACGGCGCCCUGGGGCUGCUGAGCAGCGGCAAGUGCCUGCUGCUGGACUGCAGACCGUUCCUGGCUCACAGCGCGGGCUACAUCCGAGGCUCGGUUAACGUGCGCUGCAAUACCAUCGUGAGGCGGAGGGCCAAGGGCUCCGUGAGCCUGGAGCAGAUUCUGCCGGCCGAGGAAGAAGUGCGCGCCCGCCUGCGCUCUGGCCUCUACUCGGCCGUCAUCGUCUACGACGAGCGCAGCCCGCGCGCCGAGAGCCUUCGCGAGGACAGCACCGUGUCGCUGGUCGUGCAGGCGCUGCGCCGUAACGCCGAGCGCACAGACAUCUGUCUGCUGAAAGGUGGCUACGAGAGGUUUUCUUCCGAGUACCCAGAGUUCUGCUCCAAAACCAAGACCCUGGCAGCCAUCCCACCACCUGUGCCCCCUAGUGCCACUGAGUCCUUGGACCUGGGCUGCAGCUCCUGUGGGACCCCAUUACACGACCAGGGGGGUCCCGUGGAGAUCCUGCCUUUCCUCUACCUCGGCAGUGCCUACCAUGCUGCCCGCAGAGACAUGCUUGACGCCCUGGGGAUCACAGCCCUGCUCAAUGUCUCCUCGGACUGUCCCAACCACUUUGAAGGACAUUUCCAGUACAAGUGCAUCCCCGUAGAAGACAACCACAAGGCUGAUAUUAGCUCCUGGUUCAUGGAAGCCAUCGAGUACAUCGAUGCCGUGAAGGACUGCCGAGGGCGAGUGCUGGUCCACUGCCAGGCGGGCAUCUCCAGGUCAGCCACCAUCUGCCUGGCCUACCUGAUGAUGAAGAAACGCGUGAGGCUGGAGGAAGCCUUCGAGUUCGUCAAGCAGCGCAGGAGCAUCAUCUCGCCCAACUUCAGCUUCAUGGGGCAGCUGCUGCAGUUCGAAUCCCAGUAAGGCUUGAAGUUAUGAAGCCCACAGAUCCUGGCAAAUGUGCUCAACCAAUUUUUAUUAAGUAGAGAGGGGAAGAGGAGGAAACAAGUUUUUGCCGGAAGUGCCUGGCUGUGCGCUUAUUCUAAUAUUGUCUUCACAGGAAUUUUGUGCUAGGUACUUCUAGGCCACAGUAUUCCCUUCUGAUUAGUCGUCAACUGAAUAUUUAUGCUGAAUGAGAACUUCUUUAAGAUGUGUGAGCAGGAGCCUGGUGAUGUGGAUUUGGAGUGUAUUUCUGUUGAGGGUCACACAGUAGAGCACAGAAACGCACAGGCUGAGGGAGUGGUUGGUGUCUGGGUUUCAACAUGGUCGCCAUCCUGCAUUAUUGCCACCAAGAAACAAGCAGGGUGAUAUGCAAGGAAAAGGGUCUGUGGUUGGUCACUAUGACAGCUGAUUCCUGGACACACUGACCCAGGCACACACCCUCUUCUCUCCAGUGACCCAUUUGGUGGUGGCUAGAGCGUUUUCUUCCAGCUUGCCUAGGAUUUGGAUAUUGUCUGACAAAUGCCAUAUUUUAAGAGGUGCUCCUGGAAAACUGGGUGCCAUUCAGAUUUUCCUACAGUGAGUCAUUUGGCGAGGCCCCGAUCAAAGCCAGCUCACUAAAGAUGAACUAAAAAAAAACAAAAAAAAAAAAAAACGAAUCUUUUUGUAAAGUUGAAGUGUACCAUCCUCUCUCUCUUGGAUAAAUUGGAGUUUUCAGUUUUAGGCAUUUACUUGAAGUAUACCAAGAAAUUCUUGUUAUUAAAUCCCUGUUUGACAAGUGAAUACUUACUUUCAAAAGCCCUCUUGAAUAAAAAGAUAAGUGUUGGCCAUGA